GGCCCCGCCUGGCUGGAUUAACAUCCAUUAAACUAAUCUUGCCUUCCUUUUAUCACUUUUUAAGAUCAACCCACAGCAUACAACCAUCUCACCAAACAAACUCCAAACACACCAUGUCCACCUCCUCCGCCCCCUCACUACUCCUCCUCCCACCCCCCCCACAAUCUCUAGACCGCGCGUCCCUAAAAGCAGCAUACCUCCCCGCCUUCACAGCCGCCCUAUGCGAGUUAGCAUCCGCCCGCGUGAGCCCCAUCGCCGUGCUAGACAUCGCCGUCCCAUGGCCAGCACUGCGCGAGAAGCCAAGGUCGCAUUUAUUCAAAGAGACGCAGCAUUUACUAGCAGAGCUAUACAGUCUCAUUUCCGUCGUCUGCGCACAGAAGAGUAUCGACCUCGAUUGUCCGGGGGGGAUAGAUCCGAGGGUGCUGCUGGUUGAAUACGACUCCUCUCAACCACCCAGCAGCCAGGGAGGUAGCAAACCCGUCAUCGCCGCAGGGGGGCCGAUCAUAGACCUCCAAACCGUCGCUCUAACACGUCGAACAUGGACCCUCAUCUUCACCGUCGACGGCGAACAAGGCCAACAGGUCUUCCACCACUACUCCACCCUCGCAAACGCCCACUCCACCCCCCUCCGCGGCCACAUCCGCACCGUCCCCGGCGGAACAACCGUCGUCGUCGCCCAAACCACCACCCAGCACAACUCCCCCCCGCCCUCUCAUCCCUCAGCAAAAACACACGCUGUUGUCGCGGUAGGGGGGACGUUCGACCACCUCCACGCGGGGCACAAACUCCUCCUCACCGCUACGGCGUUGAUGCUGCAACCCCCCCUCCACACGUCACAGUCACACCGCCGCCUAAUCAUAGGCAUCACAGGCGACGAGCUCCUCAAGAACAAGAAGUACGCUGAGCAGCUCGAGAGCUGGAAACGGCGCGAGGAAGGUGUGGUUAACUUCCUCCUCCCUCUCCUCUCCUUCACCACCCUCUCCAGCUCCGAAGACAUCACACGCACCCCCUUCGGUACCCCCGUCGUCAACGGCCGCGGCGUCUCAACCCACCUCAAGUCCGCAAACCUCACAAUAGAGUGCGUAGAGAUCCAAGACCCCUUCGGUCCAACCAUCACAGACGCCUCCGUCUCCGCGCUCGUCGUCUCGGGGGAAACCCGCGAUGGCGGGGCGGCGGUGAAUACCAAGCGUGAGGAGAAGGGGUGGGAGGCGCUGGAGGUGUUUGAGAUUGAUGUUUUGGAUUCCGGGGAGGACGCUGGGGGGGGAGGGGAGGGGGCGGAGGGGUUUGCGGCGAAGAUUAGUAGUACGGCGAUUAGGAGGAGGAGGGCGGAGGAGAGUGGGAAGGCGUCGUUGUGACGGGCGGGGUAGAGACAAGGGGAGAAGGGGGGUGGGGGGGAGCGCGGGUCACUGUGACGGGAUGGGGAUAGCAUCACUAGGAUGUGUGGGGGAACAGAACUUUGAUUUCGUGCGUCCUCACAAUAUAUCCGUACGUACGUACGCCAACAUUUCAAACCCGGGCUCACACUCAAGCUCCCAAAAACGCCAUGCAAGCUAUGCUCCUCCUUUCCAUCUA